AUGCAGAUCGCCGAGUUCAAAGCCGAAGACAAUGCGGCAGGCAGUUUCGCCGAGGAGUCAUCGUUCAUGACACUGUUUCCCAAAUACCGCGAGGUAUACCUGAAGGAGGCAUGGCCGACGAUUACACGGGCGCUGGAGAAGCAGGGGAUCGCAUGCACGCUGGAUUUGGUGGAGGGCAGCAUGACAGUGAAGACAACGCGGAAGACAUUCGACCCGGCGGCGAUCCUCAAAGCGCGGGAUCUGAUUAAACUUCUGUCGCGCAGCGUGCCAGUAACGCAGGCGCUCAAGAUCCUAGAGGACGGCGUGGCAUGUGACAUCAUCAAGAUCCGGAGCCAGGUGCGAAACAAGGACCGGUUCGUCAAGCGGCGGCAGCGGAUCCUGGGGCCCGGCGGGUCGACGCUCAAGGCACUGGAGCUCCUGACCAGCACGUACAUCCUGGUGCAGGGUAACACGGUGGCGGCGAUGGGCCCGUUCAAGGGUUUGAAGGAGGUGCGGCGCAUCGUCGACGACUGCAUGGCCAACAUCCACCCGAUCUACCACAUCAAGGAGCUGAUGAUCAAGCGCGAGCUGGCCAAGGACCCGAGCCUGGUCAACGAGUCGUGGGACCGCUUCCUGCCCAACUUCAAGAAGCAAACGCUCUCCAAGCGCCGCACCCCGUUCAAGGUCGCCGACAAGUCCAAAAAGGUCUACACGCCGUUCCCGCCGGCGCCUGAGAAGAGCAAGGUCGAUCUGCAGAUCGAGUCCGGAGAGUAUUUCCUUUCGAAGGAGGCCAAGGACCGCGCCCAGAAAGAAGAGGUCGUCGAGCGCCAGCGCCAGAAACGCGACGAGAAGAUGCGCGAGCGCCAGAAGGACUUUGUCGCCCCCGACGAACAGCUUCCUGCCGAGGCCGACUUCAAAAAGAAGAAGGAGAAGAAGGAAAAGAGCAAGCGGAAACGCGACGCCGAGGCCGAUCCCGAGGCAGACGACGUCCACCGCAAGGAAAAGAAGAAAAAGAAGAAGAGCAAGGCCAAGGAUGCUUCUUCCGAUGGAGAGGCGUGA